AUGCCACCGCCGUCCCUACUGCCCGCUCAGCCUAGAGCCAUAGUCACCACUGCUCAACGCUACAAACGAUGGCUUUCGUAUAAUUCAGCUACCAGGAGUCAGAUGCCCACGCACACCGAACAACCGCACCAACACCUAACUGCCAGGGGGCAACCUCGAAAAGAAGUCGCCUUACCCAGCCAGGAAUCCCCAUCCGGAGCAGCACAAUACGCACUAACAACCCUCGACCAAAUCGUCAACUGGGCCCGACAGAGCUCCCUCUACCCCAUGACCUUCGGACUUGCCUGCUGCGCCUUUUGA